AGCAUAGGUGCUAGCAUGUAUGCAUGGGCGGGGCUUGUGAUAGGUAUGGAUAUUGACUAUUUUUUAAACAAAGACUUGUACUACAUAUCCGGAUACAGACAAAUCUCUCGCUUUCGCUUGUUAUACAUGUUUUAAAUUGAAUGGUCAGAAUGUCAUGAAAUGCAUUAUUAUUUGCGGUUGUCUUUGUCCCUGACGUCCGCACUACAAAGUUUCUGAACGUUUUUAGUUCCGGUCCACCCUCCCUCUCUCCCUCUGUGUCCCACGGCUCUAUUAACGUUGUGGUAUUGCUCCAACAUAUAGCAUAUUAGCUGGUUGGCACUGGACAGUUACAUUAGAUAAUAAUCGGGUUCAAAAUGGACAAUGAACAGCAGUCCAAAGACAGUACGGACCGGUCCGACCUGGUUUCUGAGGAUGGCAAGAACAGCAAGUCUGUCGUGUGUCAGCGCUGCGGAUCCAAGGUGCUGUGCCCUGGGAUGGCUGUGUUUGCAGAGAAAGAGCUGUUCUUACCGUCCAUGCGUAAAAAGAGUGGCAUCAGCAGCACCACAGAGGGCUCAGUGGAUGGGGACACUCUGACAGCCCACUGGUUUGUGGACGACAUGUAUACUUUUGAGAAUGUGGGCUUCACCAAGGACGUGGGGAGAAUCAAGUAUCUCAUCUGUGCAGAUUGCGAGAUUGGACCAAUUGGCUGGCACUGUUUGGAUGACAAGAAAAGUUAUUACGUGGCUUUAGAAAGGGUGAAUCAUGCAUAGUCUGAAUUAGGGAUGACCACAAUAAAUCGAUUAUCGAUUAA